AUGAAGAGCUCGGUGGCGGCAGCAACUGUGCUCAAGUCCCUUGUGGGCGGCCUCAAGCAAUCUUCGCUGGACAUGAUAUCGCUAGGAACGAAGCCAUCCAGUCAGAACCGCAGUCAUUCUUCGCGCGCUUCAACGUACAGUGCAGUGCACUGA